AUCUCCGCUUAACUUUUUUAGGCCAGAAGCAGAAGAGACGGGAGAGACAGUGAGCAGCCAACAUGCCGUUCUGGAGAUCUCGCAGUGACGAGGACGUUGACGAUUUCGACGACUAUGAUCCGACGCCGUACUCCGGCGGCUACGACCAAGCCUUAACCUACGGUAGACCACUUCCGUCUUCCGAUGAGACGUGCUACUCUAUAUCCACCGCCGGAGAAAUUGACUACGAGCGGCCCCAGUAUUCGUCUGGCUCCCAGAGUUCUGUCUACGAAGCCGAGGAUGCGGACUUCGGGGAUCGGUAUGGUCGAUCUCGCCCUAAGCCUCCCAAGAUUGAUUCCACCUCUGGCUAUGGCGGCGGCGCCGUCGGGGAUUACGGAUCGGGAUAUGGUGGGCGGCCACAACGACAGGAGUUUCAAUCCGGUUAUGGAUCGGGGUACGGUGGUGGGAAGCCGAAGAGAGACGAGGAGGAUGAGGGUUACGGGGGGAAAGCUCAGCAAGAAUCGGGUUAUGGAUACCAGGAGAAGACGAACCAAAGCUAUGGUGGGGGCGUUUACAGGAGGAGCAAUGAGGAAGGGUAUGACAAGCCUGUUGAAGGGUAUGGUAAGCAGAGCUAUGGUGGUGGCGACUAUGGGAGGAACGAAGACGAAGGCUUUGGGCGUCAAGGUUAUGGUGGGGGUGAAUAUAGGAAGAGCGAGGAAGAGGGCUAUGGAGGAGGAGAUGGGGGAUACAAGAGGAAUGAACAGUUUGGCUAUGGAGGAAGGACAAACUAUGAGAAGCCGAGCUAUGUCGGGGACGAGGAAGAGAGUGGGAGGUAUAAGAAGUCGAGCUAUGUUGAUGAGGAGGACAGCAGCGGAUAUGGGCGCUCCAAAUAUGGAAACGAAUCUUACGAUGCUGAAGGAGAAAACAAGCAUGGCUAUCAAAAGAAGCAUCACCAUCGCCACAAUUAUGAUGAAGAUUGAAGAACCAAUUCAGGAACAAAGAU